UUCAGAUAUAGUUUCUGAUUCGUGGGUUACAAUUAUGAAUAUCCCAUCCAAGCGGCGAAAAAAAUAGUCUAUCAUUUUUUUUCAUUCGGUGGAUGACUUCACAGACCGACGCACAGCAUUAUAUAAGCAAGCAAUCUCCUAAAGUACAACAUAUAAGCUAAAAUGAACGCGUCCAUGUCCUCCCUUCACAUUUGUCUCCUCUCUCUUUCUCUUUUCAUCAUCUUCGUCUUCCUCCUGAAACACAAAAAGAACCAUGCAAGCAACACCGCCACCCACCCGGCACCGCCCGGCCCACAGCGGCUGCCACUCAUCGGAAACCUGCACCAGCUCGACCUAUCCAGCCCUCACCACCGCCUGCGGCAACUCUCUCAGCUCCACGGCCCACUCAUGUCCCUGAAGCUCGGACUCACGCCCGCUCUUGUCAUCUCCUCGGCGAAGACAGCGAGAGAGGCCAUCAGAGCACAUGACCUCGAGUUCUCGAGCAGGCCUUCCUUGGCAGGCCAGUGGAAGCUGUCGUAUGGCGGCUUGGACAUGGCCUUCGCACCGUAUGGCGAGCACUGGAGGCAAAUCCGAAGGAUCUGCGUGACGAAUCUGUUGAACCCCAAAAAGGUCCAAUCGUCCCGUCCAAUAUGCGAGGACGAGGUCUCGAAAAUGGUGGAGAGGAUCUCCAUUUCAGCUGCUGCUUCUCCUUCACAGACAGUCGACCUGAGCGAGACGCUCUUGUCACUCACCGCUUCGAUAAUCUGCAGAAUUGCCUUCGGGAGGAAUACCUCGGAACCCGAGCCGAGGGCCGAUGUUCUUAGGUCGUUGAGGGAAGCUCAGGCUGUGUUGGGGAGCUUCUGUUUCGAGGACUAUUUUGGCUGGGUCGGUUCGGUUGUCGAUAAGGUGACCGGUUUUUCGUCGAAGUUGCAGAGAGUUUUCGUGGAGUUGGAUGCGUUCUACGAGAUGAUGAUUCAAGACCACCUCGACAAGAAGAAGGAAGAAGAUCCAGAAGACUUCAUUGACGUCUUGUUUCGAUUGAGCGAGGAUCGGUCGGGUUCGGUGCAUGUCAGUAGAGAUCACAUCAAAGCGGUGCUCAUGGUAAUCUUCCACGUCUUUCGUAAGGACUCGUAUAGAACGACUGACACGAACGCCGCCACGCUGGUGUGGGCAAUGACGGCGCUAAAGAAGAACCCCGGAGUCAUGAACAAGGCUCAGCACGAAAUAAGAUCGGUGGUCGGAAACAAAGGUUUCGUGGAUGAAGACGACCUCCACAGCCUUCCAUAUCUCAAAGCCGUGGUCAAGGAGACGCUGAGACUUUACCCACCAGCUCCAUUGCUGCUCGCCAGAGAAACGACCCAAAGCUGCAUUCUAAGUGGGUAUGAGAUAGGACCGAAAGCCCUAGUUUACAUCAAUGCAUGGGCCAUUGGGAGAGACAGCGAGUGCCGGGAAAGUGCAGAGGAGUUUUGGCCCGAGAGGUUCUUGGGAAGAGAUGUGGAUUUGAGAGGGCAAAGCUUUGAGCUCCUGCCUUUUGGUGGUGGAAGGAGAGCGUGCCCGGGGGUGAGUUUUGCAGCUGUGACUCUGGAGUUGGCGCUUGCCAAUUUGCUAUACUCGUUUGAGUGGGAACUUCCUGAGGGAAUGGAGGAGGAGGACGUCGACACGGAGGCCAUGCCUGGACUUACCAUGCACAAGAAAAUCCCACUUUGCCCGAGAGCCAAGAUCAAGAAUGAUGCUUAAUAAGGAUGCUUGGUGUCCAAUGUUUUUCUGUUUGAUAUAUACAUAUCUCAAUCUAGAGAGAUACAGAGAGAGAGAGAGAGAGAGAGAGAGAGAGAGAGAGAGAGAGAGAGAGAGAGAGAGAGAGAGAGAGAGAGAGAGAGUAUGUAACCUUUUGUUUUGGAUUGUGUUGGAUUUUUAUUUCUCCCUUUGGUGCAUUUUUCAUUGUUAUCCUAAUA